AUGUCCUCAUCGAGCCCGGCCUAUGCGCCUGCCAAUCUCUCUUCUCGCCACACAACAUCAUCUCGCAAUCACCACCACCAUUUCGCUCAGCAAUCCUUCCUACCUUCUACCGACUCGGCCAACAGCCUCGACAGCCCCUUCUCCUCCCGUUUUGAACGCGUUGCUUCUUCCGAUAUCGAUCCUUUCGAAACCUCUGCGGAUCCAGCCAUGUCUUCCUCCGCUUCUUCUUCAUCAGCUCAUGCUGAUUCCAGCUUUGUUCCUGGCUAUGCAGACAACGACGACGAGUUCGAGGUCCAGCCCGAGGAACAUGUCGUUGCACUUCACGAUUUCAACUCCAACAAUGCCACCUGUCUCUCCUUUCAGGCUGGUCAAGUGAUCAAAGUCUACAACCGUGACCCCUCCGGAUGGUGGGACGGUGAGCUGGAUGGUCAGCGAGGCUGGUUCCCAAGCAAUUAUGUUGAUCAAGAAGCUGCCUAUGUCUCGGAUGGUGGACAAGAUGACAGCUACUCGUACGAUGACAGCCACCAACUUCGUAACUCGACUACCAGCCAAAACUCUUCCGACUUUGAUCACAUUGCCGACUACCGAUCCUUAGGCUCAACAGCGGUGCAGCGUGAGCGUUACUUUUCUGCAAACGCAUCCCGCUCCUCAACACCCACAUCGACUCCUCUUGCCGAUCGUGGAGAUGCCGGUGUCCUCGACCCUAUCUUGCACGCCAUCUCCUUACUUCGCAACGCAGUUCGUGCUCAUCGAGUCGCCCACUUCCAGCCAUCCACCGCUUGCGUCAUCUCCUCCGUCCGAUCUGUUCUCUCUGCCACUGACUGUCUCACUCGCGAGUCCGCCGUGCUCAAAGCGAACCCGCAUCUCGCUCGCGAGCGCAAGGCCAUCCUCUCCGAACUCAGCAAGCUUGUCGCUCAAGCUCGCAGAGCUUCAGCUCCCAUGGUCGAUCAAACAGAGAGGCCUCAAGAGAUGGAUGCUAUGCUCAACCUCGCAGAGCAGGUUCUUUCCAAUGUGCGCAACUUUCUUGCCGUCGCAGUCGACUGCGGCCUGCCCGUGCCUGAUCGUCGCCCCUCCGUCGACGAUGAUAUUUACGCCAAUCGUGCACCAGCGCCUGCCGACAACCGCACUCGUUCCAUCCUGAGUCGCAAAGAGCUCGACAAGACGCCAACGCCUGAUUAUCCCAACGCGCGUGAUUCGGUGACCAGAGGCCACUCAUCUCACCCUUCCGCCCGCCAUCUCCAGUACAACCACAACCACACUGCUUCACAGCAUGUCGCCCACGGUCAAGCCGACACCCGACGUCCCUACCCUCAGCGUCGUCAUCCCUCAGAUGGCUCUGUCGAAUCGUCCGACGGCGGUGCACAAGCGAUUGCUCAAGCACGCUCUCAGACCCAGCGCCCGCUCGAUGGUCGCGCCGGUGUCGUCGCAGCUGCUGCUGUGCCCAUUCACCUCGGUAUGGCUCACUCACGAUCCGACUCGAGCUCCGAGUCGCCAGAAUCAGCUUCGGGUCACGACACAGGCUCCCUUCACGGAUCAACAGGUUCAGGCGAUGACCAAGGUCCGUCCAGCCCUGUCGAGCGCACUCCCUACGAGGUCAUGCAUCGCCUCAGCGUCACCAACGAUCAGCUUCUCUCCGUCAUUGCUGCCUUCAUCGGUCACGUUCACACCCACACCUCCGAGAGUCACGCUUCCAGCUAUGCCUACCUCAUUGACAUGACACGCGAGGCUGUCGUUGGCGUUCGCAACCUCUUGCUCGUAGUCGAGGCCGUCAACAACAACGCCUUGCUUCAGCAGCUCAGACCACGUGAGACAUCGAUCCUCUGGGAGACUCGCGAGAACUUGUACGAAGCCACAACUCAGCUCGUCACAGCAGCACGUGUCGUCACUUCAGCCCCCUCUGCUUCCAUCUCAGCAGGCUCAGCUGUUGAAGCCGAAGACAAGUCGCGCUUGCUUCAGGCUGCUACGAAUGUAUUGCGGACUGGUGGCGAGUGUGUCGGAGCCGUGCGCCUCUGCAUCGACCGACUCGAGCCCACUUUCACCAUUGCACUGCCAGAGCCUUCACGUGCUCGACGCCCGCGUGCAUCUUCGCAAUUGCCUUCUUCCAUGGGGCCGCAUCACGAUGGACAGCAGCACGACGACGACGACAACGGCAGUCACGAGUUCCCUAGCGGCGAUGAUGAUGGCGAUGCGGUUGCACCACGAGAUUUGCGCAGGAAGAACACUCUUUCUUUCCUCGGCCGCAAAGCAACCAGCUUGUCCUGCCUCAAGCAAAAGUAUGAACGCGGUGACGAACAUCACAAUGAAUUCGACGACAUUAACGAGGACGAGCAGAGCGGCGAAGAGCUCAGCAAUGCACCGUCGCAGCAUGCUCCGCGUCCUCCUCACGUUGCAAUGGACAGGACUUCUUCUCUUCAGGAUGCUGCCGCUGCUUCUGCUCACUCCCGAAACACAGAUGGUAGGAUGAGCGAUCCCAAGAAGGCAUCGUUGCCCAGCAGCAGAGCAUCUGGCAUGGGCUCGUCGGCUGAGCAGCUUUCGCAAGAUGCAGCAAAGACGUCUCGCUCGACGAUCCAGUCCAUUCGAUCCGAAGUCACAGGCGAGACCUCGGCGCGUCCCUCACUCGAGCUGCAACAGCAACAGCAACAGCAACAGCAACAGCAACAGCAACAGCAACAGCAACAGCAACAGCAACAGCAACAGAAAGCUGCAGGUGCACCCCAAGAUGCGCACACUACCGCACAGUCGGCUGCCAAGCAGUUGGCUGGCGGAGUUGUCGACCGACAAUCGAUGUACAGGGAACAAAGGGGUCCCGCCAUCUCGAUCGAGUCACGCUACAUGGCGCCCGACUAUGACCCUUCAGAUGUGGUCUGCAAUUCUGAAGGUCAGGUGACAGGAGCGACGCUCAAGGCGCUUGUGGAGAAGAUGACGCCGCACGACACUAUGAUCGAGCCAACUUUCUCGACCGCCUUCUUUUUGUGCUUCCGCAUGUUCACCUCGCCACAGGAGCUGCUCGAUACUUUGGUCGCCCGCUUCGAAAUGAAGCCGCCCGCUGAUCUUCCCAUGAGCGAAGCGGACAUGACGAGAUGGAACGACAAGAAGCUGGUGCCGGUGCGCCUACGCGUGCUCAACCUGCUCAAGAGCUGGCUCGAGAACCACUGGAACCCUUCGACGGACCGCAUCAUCCUGCAGCAGCUCAUCCCCUUAGCUGAGCGAUGGGCUAAAGCAGGCGCCAUUGCUGGACCAGCGCAUCGACUCGCCGAGUUGGCACGCAAGCGCCUCGAUGGCGCGACCCAGAAGACCACCGUCUUGGUGGGCAACAACCGUGGACCAGGCAGUUUGCAGCGUGUCAUCUCGUCAGAGCGCAUCAAGGGCGGCCUUGGUCUUGCAAUGACCGACGCUUCGCAGAUGUACGCGCCUUCAGCGUUCUCAAAAGGUGGCGCGCUGCCACCGACCUCGAUCGUGUCCAAGACGCUUUUUACCAACCUGCGCAACGAGAACUUUGACCGUAUCAACAUUCUCGACUUUGACCCACUCGAACUUGCUCGUCAACUGACCAUCCUCGACAGCAAGCUUUAUUGCGCCAUCCAGCCUGAAGAGCUUCUCGGCUCCAAGUUCACUAAGGAAACCAAAGCAGUUGGUGUCAGCGAUGAUGUGCACGUAAAGAGCAUGUCUGCCAUGUCUACGAGGAUCACUGGGUGGAUCAGCGAGUGCAUCUUGAACGAAGUCGACGCAAGAAAGCGCACACAACUGCUCAAGUUCUUCAUCAAGCUGGGCGACCGUUGCGAACAGCUCAACAAUUUCCACACGCUCAUGGCGAUCCAGUGUGCGCUCAACUCUUCGACGAUCGCCCGACUGAAAAAGACUUGGGACGGCUUGCCGACCAAGUAUCGCGGUAUGAUGGACCGGCAGCGUCGUGCUGUGGAGCACACACGCAAUUAUGCCGGCUAUCGAGCCAGGCUGAGGAACACCACGCCUCCUGCCAUUCCGUUCUUGGGUCUCUUCCUGACAGACUUGACCUUCUGUCAUGAGGGUAAUGCACCGACAAGAGCCUGCCCUUCGAAUCCGGAAAAGAAGCUGCUGAACUUUGACAAGUACAUCAAGAUCAGCCGCAUUGUUGGCGAGGUGCAGCGGUUCCAAGUGCCUUACAACUUGGUGGAAGUACCAGAGAUGCAAAAAUUCCUCAAAGGUGCAUUGGAUGACGUGCAAGGCGCAGGAGGCGGAAGGGGGGCUGAUGAUCUGUACAGACGCAGUUUGUUGCUCGAGCCCAGGGCAGGUAGUAAGGUGAAUGGAGGAGGAAGCGUUUCAAUGACCGGUAGUCUGGCAAUGCGUCAGAGUAGUAGCGGUACACCAGCUUCGGAGAAUGGAAAGCUGGGCGGACUGGAUAUCUUUAAUUGGCGUACCGACAAGGCUUGA